GGACGCACAAACACAACAGGAACACUGGAGACCACGUCGCCGUGCACGAACCGUUCCUGGAGAAGAACUCUGGCUACAAAGACUUUACGGAUUACUCUGGUUGCUUCACCCUCAUGACCGCGAGCGAACGACCAGAAGCGGCCAUGGAUUUUCUCAAUCACAACUAUUUGAAUGCGCGCAGCCCCUACGACUAUACCUUUAAUUUCUGGAACGACUAUCUCGGGCUGACGACGUUGGUCACGAAGAAUAAUAAGCUCAGCAUCCCCCAGAACCCAAACUCCAUCACCGAGUCCCUUAAAGCGACCCUGGGCUUGGACGAUUCCCCUCCGUGUCCGUGCGUAAUCGCGGGCGGCGUUGGGGAGAGCGGUCACCUGGACUGCUGCUGCCCGUCCGGGAGCCCCCCGCCGGCUUCCAUCCUGGACUUGAAGGAGCGUUUCUCGAUACUGAGCCCCUUCCAGAACCAGCUCGGCGUGCAGCUGCCGGAGCGAGAGGUGGGCUUCGGUGGGAGCUUCGCCGGGUUCGAUCUGUUCGGCAUGGAGAGGAAGAUGCGCAAACCCGCCUCCAGGAGCAAGCAGGAACCCAAAAUCUGCGUCUUCUGCCGAAAUAACGGGGCACCCGAGGAGGUGUACGGCUCUCACGUCCUGAAGACUCCGGACGGCAGGGUCGUGUGCCCGAUUCUGAGGGCUUACACCUGCCCCCUGUGCAGUGCCAACGGGGACAAUGCCCACACGAUAAAAUACUGUCCACUGUCAAAAGACCAGCCAUCCCAGCGACCAUUAAAGGGAGGGAGGGCUGUGGGUGGUAAGAGGAUGAAAAUAUUCUAAACAGACAUGACUACAGAGUAAAUUGAAUUGCACUGAACUAUUUCCAGAUGACUGUUUUGAUUUCGGCUUUAGCCUUUAUCCCAGUUUCAUAAACAUAUUGAUUUUAUCCUUUUUUUCUCUCUCUCUCUCUCUCUCUCUCUCUCUCUCUCUCUCUCUCUCUCUCUCUAAGAUCUCUUAUAUUUUUAUAGUUAUUUUAUCGACAUAGAACGAUUUUAUGCUUUAUACAUUGGAUUUAUUUGUCUUGCUAGUUUAUAGUCAUUUGAGUGUGCAUAUAAAACAUGUAUCAAUAGUCACAAAGUGUGAAUACAUUUGAAGAGAAGUAUUUUGGUCAUGUAGGGAAACACACUGACAUUGGCAAAAAGGGGAUGAAUGUCAUAUUUCUACCAAGUAUUUUUGUACGGUGAGCUAAACUCGCUGCGAUUUUCUUUCUCGUCUUAGAAAACCAAAGUUAUGUUUGCCAUUAAAGAAGCUCAAGAAUGUGUCAUUGAUGAGUGCUUGUGUGCGUCUGACUGGACGAGGAACUCUUUGCUCCCAUCUGCCUGCCUAAAAAAAAAAACUCCACAACAUAUUUUCCAACGUGCUCAAAAAGUUGACAUUCAAUCUGCGAGGCAGGAAGAAAAAAAAAAAAAAAAGAGACAAUGUGGCCUCUGUUUAGGACUCAUGUUCUCUGGGGGACAUUAUAAUCAAUUGUUGCCAAGCCAAACUUUUACUCCAAUGCUAUGUGAUGAAAACGUCAUCCGACUUAACAAGCAGUCAGAAAUGAGAGCUACUAGCCUGCGUUUCUGUAUGUUUACAUUCCCAAAUAAGUGCGACACACUGGAUUUCCUUUUCUCCGCCAGGUCUCUCUUUCUUUACAGCGUUUUUUUUUUUUUGGUGGUUUGUUUUGAUUUGCCCAACAUCUUCACCGGACAGUCUCAUGCCUGCUCUGAGAGUCUUUUCACUCCGAGCGUGGGGUGAAAAAGAGCAAAUGAAUGUUAGCAAACAACAACAACAUGUUAUCCCCGUUAUUUCUUUUCCUGAAUAAUCCCAAAAAAAGAUGCAAAAAUGUUGUGAAUGUAUGAUUGAAAGUGUCACUUGCAGGACUGCACAUUUCUGACAGUUUUGUUUACCAAAGGAAUACAAUUGCAUUGAAGAAAGAAGAGAGAUUUGCUGUAUUGUAUAUAAAGUGAUGUUUAUUCAGUAUUUUAACAUUACAAGUGACUUCAGAGGGCGCUACCUCAACAGGAUUUUGUACUUACAUGUAAAAUGUCAACAGCAGUUUAUUGAUAUAGUGCUGCCAUUUAUAAUAAGGGUUUUGAUAGUAUUUUUGAUCUUUGUAUAACAUAAUUGUAUUUUCAUUUUGUCGCAUUUAACAUGACGGAAGUGAAUUUCCAAGAAGCUAUAAGCAUUGCUCACCAAAAGGUGAUUGUCUGUAAAUAACGAUUAUACCCAUACUUUUUAAAGUUUAGUUGGUCAAUGUUACAUUCUUGAGAGUGUGCCAGAGAGUGGAUAUUGAAACAGGCUGACACAAUUUGCCACUUUUAACAGAGGAUUUUUUUGAUUAAAUGAAUAAUAGAAAAAGAAAACACUGUUGAACUUUGUUAUUUAUAUUUUGCCACGAUUUCCUGUAUGCUGCUGUGCAGAAUAACAACAUAUGAAUCCACUAGAGAAAUAAAAACCUAUCAAAUA